AUGGGAGAUUUUAAUGCCAAACACAUCGACUUCAACUGUAAUACUACAAACACAUCGGGAAGAGUACUAAGGGAUAUCCUCGACAGCACAAACCUGGCCAUCCUCAACACCAACGAGCCCACACACAUCCAUUCUGCAAACUCCACGGCAGACAUCCUUGAUCUUGUCCUCUGCUCCCCGGACUUGGCUGCUAAACUUCUUAGCUUCUCGGUCAGCCACGACGUGGGAAGUGACCACCUUCCUGUCCUUGCCUCCUUCUCUCUCCAACUCCAACAAGCACCUGAAAAGCAAAGAUACAACUACAAGAAAGCAGACUGGGAUAAAUACAGAAAUUGCAUUACAGACAACAUAACAAAUAUUGCAGUACCAACGCAGAACCCCAAAGAUCUGGACCAGCUGGCGGAGAGAAUAGGGAGUAUCCUCAUCCAGGCCCGGGAAGAGACCAUCCCACUUACCACCACCAGACCACCACAACAACUCCCACCACACAUCCUCAGUCUCAUCAAGCAGAAAAGAAAGAUCCGGAGAGACUUUAUCAGAACAAGAGCACCCAACCUACAGAAACAGUGGACUGCCUUCUAUCACCAGCUAGAUACAGACACCAACCCCCAGACCUUCUGGCAAAAAAUCAAAACAAUCAACGGAGACAAAUCCAAUAACAUCAUACCUGUGCUAAAGUCCCAAAACCAACUCAUCGAAGACAACAAAACAAAAGCAACACUAUUCAGAAACCACCUACAAAAUGUUCAUUCUUGUCCCGACGAUCCUCUCUUUGACAAAGACUGGAAAACCAUUGUCGACAGAGAAAUGCAGAAAACAGUGUACACCUCAAAUCCGACACCAGUAGACCAUCCCCUCACCCGCUCUGCGAGCAUUGAAGAAAUCAAGACCCACCUGAAAAAAACAAAAAACAAAGCACCAGGGGAAGACAACAUUGACAGCACACUCAUCAAACAAGCACCUGACGAAUACCUGCACCUUCUUUCCAACCUCUUCACAGCAUGUCUCACGGAAGGCUACUUUCCCCUACCCUGGAAAUCUGCAGUUGUCACAAUGAUCCACAAACCUGGCAAAGACCCAUACAACGUCACAAGUUACAGACCAAUCAGCCUCCUCAGCCAUGUCGGGAAGCUGUUUGAGCGAGUACUCACCCAAAGACUGAGCGGCCACACCGAGGAAAUGGGCCUCCUUGGAAUCCACCAAGCUGGCUUCAGGAAAGCAAGAUCAACCACCGAUAACAUUCUAAGACUGUCAGAGGACAUCCUUCGGAACUUCAAGAAAAAAUCACUUACCCUGGCGGUUUUCUUUGACAUAGAGAAAGCAUUUGACAAGAUGUGGCACAACGGACUAUGUUACCGGCUCGCAGAUUCCAAUCUCAAACUACCGCUCUCCAUCAGAAACAUCAUCACCAGCUUUCUCCACAACCGUACAAUUAAAGUGAAGGUCUCCACAGCAAUAUCAUCACCCUUCACCCCGGAGGCAGGUGUCCCACAGGGGGCAGUUCUAAGCCCGCUACUUUUUCUACUCUACAUAUCAGAUAUCUACUACCCUCCACCCACCGUAGAACAAGUCUCACAGUUUGCCGAUGACCUCUGCUACUGGUCCAGCUCCAAAUGUCCUCAACUUGCUGCAAAAAAACUACAGAAGUCUAUUGAAAUGAUCGAGUCGUGGUCCAACAUGUGGCGAGUAAAAUUGAACCCACAAAAGACCCAAUGUGUCCUCUUCACAAAAAGCACAGGGAAAAAGACCAGGAAACCCAUAGAUCUCAAACUCUACGGUGAAACAAUAAAAGUAGGAAAAGAAGCAAAAUUCCUUGGAGUCACCUUCCAGAAGAACAUGAGCUGGACAACCCAUAUAGCGAACAUAGAGAGAGAGGGACGAAAAAGACUAAACCACCUAAAAACGCUGUGCGGAAGAAAAUAUGGAGCCUCACCUCAGACAGUGCUGAAAGUCUACACCAGCUACAUCCGCCCCCUCUUUGAAUACGCCCUGCCAGCCUGGAUAACAGCUUCACCGCAGCAGAUGAAUCGGCUACAGACAGUCCAAAACAUGGCAGCAAAAAUGGCUUACAGACUACCAAGAUACAUCAGCAACCACUACGUUAACAGCAUAUCUGGACUGACAUCAAUCAACAACAGACAGUCAGUCAUUGGCCAGAAGUUCAUCAACAGAGCCACUCACAACCCAUCAUUGAAGGAAGCCGUGGGACAGGCCAAAUGGACCACAGAUACACCCAUGUCCAUAAUGCUAAAGCUGACCUAG